UUUGGGCGACGCCGCGGCGCGGCCCGGAGCCGCGCGGGGCCUCAGCCGCGUCCCCCCCCGCAGGUGGAGGACGCGCUCUCCUACCUGGACCAGGUGAAGAUCCGCUUCGGCAGCGACCCCGCCACCUACAACGGCUUCCUGGAGAUCAUGAAGGAGUUCAAGAGCCAGAGCAUCGACACUCCUGGAGUUAUCCGGCGUGUUUCACAGCUCUUCCAUGAGCAUCCCGACCUCAUUGUGGGAUUCAACGCUUUCCUUCCUUUGGGCUACAGGAUAGAAAUUCCCAAGAAUGGGAAGUUAAGCAUACAGUCACCACUGACUAGUCAGGUGCCCUCCGAGGCUGUCCCCAGCGCUCUCCCUGGCAGCGGGCUCCUGCUCCAUUACUCCCAGGAGAACUCACACAACCACAGUGACUGUUCGGAGGAGUUUAGGCAACAGCUUCCGUACAAAGAAGAUAAAUCCCAAAUUCCUUUGGAGUCUGAUUCUGUAGAGUUCAAUAACGCUAUAAGUUAUGUGAAUAAGAUCAAAACACGUUUCCUCGACCAUCCAGAAAUUUACAGAUCCUUUUUAGAAAUUCUUCAUACUUACCAGAAAGAACAGCUGAACACUAAAGGGCGACCUUUUCGAGGCAUGUCAGAGGAAGAAGUGUUCACUGAAGUAGCAAACCUGUUCCGGGGGCAGGAGGAUCUGCUCUCUGAGUUUGGACAGUUCCUCCCGGAGGCUAAAAGGUCUUUGUUCACAGGAAAUGGACCAUGUGAGGUGAACAGUGUCCAGAAAACUGAGCAUGAAAAGAAUCUGGAACACAGUAAAAAGAGAUCCAGACCACUGCUGUUGCGUCCUGUUUCUGGCCCAGCAAAGAAAAAAAUGAAAUUGCGGGGCACCAAAGAUCUCUCGGUAGCAACAGUGGGAAAAUAUGGAACACUGCAGGAGUUUUCCUUUUUUGAUAAGGUGCGCAGGGUGCUGAAGAGUCAGGAAGUCUAUGAAAACUUUCUCCGUUGCAUUGCUCUCUUCAACCAGGAGCUGGUCUCUGGCUCUGAGCUGCUCCAGUUAGUUACACCGUUUUUAGGGAAAUUCCCAGAACUCUUUGCACAGUUCAAGUCCUUUCUUGGUGUGAAAGAACUUUCAUUUGCUUCUCCACUGAGUGACCGAUCUGGGGAUGGGAUGAGUCGGGAAAUUGAUUAUGCCUCCUGCAAACGCAUCGGAUCAAGUUACCGGGCUCUUCCAAAAACUUACCAGCAGCCAAAGUGCAGUGGAAGAACAGCCAUUUGCAAAGAGGUGUUAAAUGAUACCUGGGUUUCCUUUCCAUCCUGGUCCGAGGACUCCACUUUUGUCAGCUCUAAGAAGACUCCUUAUGAGGAGCAGUUGCACCGCUGUGAAGAUGAACGUUUUGAGUUGGAUGUUGUCUUGGAGACCAAUUUAGCCACAAUACGUGUGCUGGAGAGUGUGCAGAAAAAGCUGUCUCGACUGACUCAAGAGGAUCAGGAGAAAUUCCGACUGGAUGAUUGUUUGGGAGGAACAUCCGAAGUGAUCCAGCGUAGGGCCAUCUAUCGCAUCUAUGGUGAUAAAGCACCAGAGAUCAUUGAAAGUCUUAAAAAAAACCCUGUUACUGCAGUUCCUGUUGUUCUUAAGAGAUUGAAAGCGAAAGAGGAAGAGUGGCGGGAGGCCCAACAGGGCUUCAACAAAAUCUGGCGGGAGCAGUAUGAGAAAGCCUACUUGAAGUCUCUUGACCACCAGGCCGUCAACUUCAAGCAAAAUGACACCAAAGCUUUGCGCUCCAAGAGCUUGUUGAAUGAAAUUGAGAGUGUCUACGAUGAGCAUCAGGAGCAGCAUUCAGAGGGAAGAAGUUCAUCCACAAAUGAGCCUCACCUUAUCUUUAUCUAUGAAGAUAAGCAGAUUUUGGAAGAUGCAGCUUCUCUUAUCAGCUACUACGUGAAACGACAGCCUACUAUUCAAAAGGAGGAUCAGGCCACCAUUCGGCAGAUCGUGCAUCACUUCAUACCUGAGCUGUUUUUCUCUCAGCCCCCUGAGCACAGUAUUUCUGAAGAAUCAACAGAUGAGGACAGAGAAAACCAUCAGGGGCAGAACCUGGAUACUCCUGAGCUACGGAAGAAACACAUGCCUGGGCCUCCAAGCAGUCCUCUGGAGGCCAAAGCAACCUUCUGCGAUGUUACAGCUGCUGAGCCUCACAACACUCUGGAUGAUGUUUACAGUCUGUUCUUCGUCAAUAAUAAUUGGUAUUUCUUCCUCCGCCUUCACCAGACUCUGUGCUCCAGGCUCCUAAAGAUCUAUCGUCAGGCUCAGAAGCAGCUUCUCGAGUAUCGGACUGAAAAAGAGAGAGAAAAACUCCUCUGUGAGGGAAGAAAAGAGAAGACCAAUGAUCCAGCCAUGGAGCUAAGACUGAAGCAACCAAGUGAGGUGGAGCUGGAGGAGUAUUACCCUGCAUUCCUGGAUAUGGUGAGGAGUCUGCUGGAUGGGAAUAUAGAUCCAACACAGUAUGAGGACACUCUGAGGGAGAUGUUCACUAUCCAUGCAUAUAUUGGCUUUACUAUGGACAAACUGGUGCAGAAUAUUGUCCGCCAGCUUCACCAUCUAGUGAGCGAUGACAUCUGCUUGAAGGUUGUUGAGCUCUACUUGAACGAAAGGAAGCGAGGUGCUGCUGGAGGUAACUUAUCCUCUAGGUGUGUCCGGGCAGCUAAGGAGACCAGCUAUCAGUGGAAGGCUGAACGUUGCAUGGCAGAUGAGAACUGUUUCAAGGUAAUGUUUCUUCAGCGGAAAGGGCAGGUGAUCAUGACCAUUGAGCUACUGGAUACAGAAGAAACGCAGACAGAAGAUCCUGUGGAGGUCCAGCACCUGGCUAACUACAUGGAACAGUAUGUUGGGGUAGAGGGAGCUCCGAGCAACCAGAACGAUGGCUUCUUACUGAAACCAGUCUUUCUGCAAAGAAACCUGAAAAAGUUCCGCAAGUGGCAGUGUAAGCAAGUGAGAGCCCUGCGCAGCGAGGUGAAGAGCUCCUGGAAGAGGCUGAUCGGGGUGGAAAGCGCCUGCAACGUGGACUGCCGCUUCAAGCUCAACACCCACAAGAUGAUGUUCAUCAUGAACUCGGAGGAUUACAUGUACAGGCGCGGGGCGCUCUGCCGAGCCAAGCAGGUACAGCCAGUGGUGCUGCUAAAGCACCACCAGCAGUUUGAAGAAUGGCACAAUAGGUGGCUCGAAGAGAACGUGACCAUGGAGGCGGUUGAUCUUGUUCAAGACUGGCUAAUGGGAGAUGAAGAUGAGGAGAUGGUGCCCUGUAAAACGACGUGUGAGACGGUGAAUGUCCACGGGGUCCCCGUGAACAGAUACAGAGUUCAGUACAGUCGCCGUCCAGCUUCACCGUGAGCAGAGACUUGUUCCUGGGACCAAGACAAACAGGAGCGUUGCUGGUGAAACACUUUUACUCUGAGCAUAGUGGUGGGAAUGCAAUGUAUGUAUUAAUGAUAUUUAUCCAAACGGCAUUUUACUUUGGAGUAUGAUGUAUUUUCCAUAUGGCAUAGAUUUGUCUCCUUGCAGUGUAAUCCUCCAGUCAUCACGAAGAGACCUACAAGCUUUAUGGGAACAGGGCUCUGGGCACUGCCUCACUCUCUAGUAUUUCCCAGCUUUAGGCCCCUGCGGAGCAGCCCGCACAGGAGGG